AUGUCAGUACAUCAGGCGCUUGGAUUCGACCGGCAUGAGUCCGUCUUUCAGCAUGACCAAGUGAAAAGCCAUUUGGUUAGGUGUGAUUGGUCUGGGCCAACCAUUGAUACUUUGUACGCAGGAAUAGCAGGUACCUUUGCAGACGGCAAAUCUCAAAUUGGGAUAGCGCUACGUAAUGAAACAUACCUUCUCGACUUUUUGGAGCAAGAAUUCGAAGGAUCGGACUCAGAGAUCGUAAUAUGUGAUUUUAUUCUUACAGAGCUCCAGAACUACAGCAACAUACACGCCGAAAAAUUACUUGGAGCCGCACUUUCCAAGUCUUUUCAUCAACACUGCCCAUCUCUUUGUCGGCGUCUGUGGCUGGAGCUGGACAUUGUGCCAAUCUUGUUACAUGAGGAACCAGGUACGGAGCGUACAGUGGGUACAGAAGCUGUCACGCAUCCGAAUGGUAAGGAGAUCGAUGAGCAAGCUGAAUCGGUGUCCCGGAAGUGCAUUAGAUUUUUUGGUCCAAACAAACUGCCUUUUCUCCAUGUCGAUUUUCUCGGGGCGGUGGAAGUGGAUUCCGGGUUCCAUAUCAACAUUGCAGAUCUUGAAUCAUUCUCACGAACAGUGAGACCCAAGACUUGGUCGGGUGUCCAGCACUAUGUGAAGGACUUGACGAGUCGAAAGGUUAAGAUUGCUUUUUUCAGUGCGACACCCCAAGGUGGCGGGGUCGCACUCAUGCGCCAUGCACUUGUACGAUUAGCACAUCUUCUCGGUGUCGACGUCAAAUGGUAUGUACCGAAACCACGACCGGGUGUCUUCCGCAUCACCAAAACCAACCAUAAUAUCCUUCAAGGAGUUGCCGGGCCCCAUGAGCGACUGGGCGUGCACCAGCAACGAAUACUGACGGAUUGGAUUGAAGACAACGCUCACAGGUAUUGGACACGGAAGGGCGGACCUCUAACUCGACCCUCUGAAGGCGGUGCUGAUGUUAUCAUUAUCGAUGACCCUCAGAUGCCUGCUUUGAUACCCAUUGCGAAACAGGCAGAUCCAAUCAGACCCGUGAUUUAUCGCAGCCAUAUUCAGAUGCGGAGUGAUUUGAUUUCAACGCCUGGAAGUCCUCAAUCAGAAGUAUGGGAUUAUUUGUGGUCUUACAUUAAGCUUGCGGACAUCUUUAUCAGUCACCCAGUAGCUUCAUUUGUUCCACGCAGUGUUCCCCUAGCAAAGCUUGGAUACAUGCCAGCAUGUACAGAUUGGCUCGAUGGACUGAACAAAGAUAUGAGAGACUGGGAUUAUGCUUACUAUGGACGUAUCUUCAACCACGCUUGUCGAAACGCUGGAAUGCCACCAAUCAAUUAUCCAGAUGAUCAGUAUAUCGUUCAGAUCGCUCGGUUUGACCCAUCGAAAGGGAUCAUCAAUGUAUUGAAAUCAUACAAAGAGUUUCGACGCCUACUAACCCAGCACUCCACUAAUGUACGGUCGCCCAAGCUUCUGAUAUGUGGUCAUGGUUCAGUAGACGACCCUGAUGGAUCUCUUGUCUACGAUGAUGUCCUGAAGUGGAUUAGGCAGAAUGCAUCUGCUCUGUCUGACGAUAUCACCGUCAUGCGUCUUGGCCCAUCCGAUCAGGUCCUGGAUACUUUGCUAUCCAAUUCAAGGAUUGUAUUACAACUAUCGGAGCGUGAAGGGUUUGAGGUGAAAGUUUCUGAGGCUAUUCACAAAGGCAAGCCCAUCAUUGCCACGAGAGCAGGCGGUAUUCCUCUGCAAGUUGAAGACCAGGUAAAUGGAUUUUUAGUAGACGUGGGCGAUGUGCAAAGCGUGGCAAAUCACUUGCUCCGAUUAUGGACCGAUUCCGACCUGUACGAACGAAUAUCUUCGUGUGAUUCUUCGUAUCGCGUAAGCGAUGAGGUCAGCACCGUUGGACAAGCUCUCAAUUGGUUUUAUUUGUGCUCAUUAUUGUCUCAAAAUAUGAGUUUGGAACCGAAGGGACGCUGGAUUCACGAUCUCGCCCGCGAGUCUUUGGGACAAGAAUACACCAAAGCAGAUGGGAAGCUGAAGCGAGCUGUGGAUGAAACCGUUUUGUCAGUCUAA